AUGACCGAUUCCGACGAUGAUGACCUCAACUCCAAGAUGUGUGAGCUGUAUGUAGCUGAAUGUAUGGCGGCAAGAGCUCGGCUCGAAGUAGAAACGGAAUGUAGGAGAUUGAUAGCUGAUAACUACGAAAAAACUCUGAAACAAGUCAAAGAAUACUCUUUAAAACUUGAAGUUCCGAUCACGGCCAAAGUUUGCGAUGUUGGCUAUUUCUGUGACGCCCAUGUAGUCCGGACGAAUCAAGUAACCAUGGAAAUGGGCAGCAGCCACUACGUGGAAUGUGCAAUUCACACAGCCGAUAAGAUCAUAGCUCGGCGAGUUGAAGAAAUGCGACGAAGUCGUGAUGAUGGUUUAGAGUCGAUACGAAUGUUGAAUGAUAAAAUAAAGUUCGCUCAAGAGAAUUUCACUAAACUUGAAAUAGAAGGAGACGCGAUUGAGAUUGUUGAGAAAUAUGACGACGAAAUGGAGAAAAUGUUUUAUGAGAAUCGUCGGAAGAAGCGGAUUGAAAACGAGAAAGCAGCAAAAGAAAAAGAGGUGUCUGAAGAGAAAAAAGUUAAAACAGAAAGUGAUGUCGUCGAUGAGGAACACGAGAAGGUGAUGAAUCGGCUGGCGGAGCUGGAGUUACUGGAAGAAAACAAUGCAGAAGUGGAGAAAGACGCAGAAGAAGCGCCUCCACCAAAACCGUUCGAAGUUUCUGUUGAUGCUCUGAUGAAAUUGGAAGAAGUUGAAGAAGAUGAGGAUGAUGCUGAUGAAAUACGUAGAAUCAAUGAACGAUUGCUUGCCCAACCGGGAGUUUCACAGAGAGAAAUGGAGCGGUUAUUGCGUUACUUGGAUGCUUCUGAGCACUCGUCCGAGGAGGAGGGAGGUGACGGAGAUGAGGAGGAAGAAGAAGAAGAAGAAGAAGUGAAUGAAGGAGUAAAAGUUGAAGAGUUAGACUCGGAUGAUUACGCUUCAGAUAUUGAAAACGUUAAUGUUGAAGCUGAUGAAUCCUCGAAAACUUCGGCCAAAGCAAAACCUGCUUCAAAAGUUGUGGAAGUCAACGAGAAAACCUCUACCACAACAACAGUUACUCGAAAGAAGAGUGGAGUUCGAUUCGCUGCAAAACUGGAAAAUGUGAAGACAUUCCGCAAAGAUGAUACCGUUGAAGUGAAGACAGAAACCACUGUUGAAACGAAAUCAAUCCUCCGUAAUACCGAACCAACUCCAGUCGAUCGGUCAGCUUUAGAAGGAGAACCGAAAGAGAUUGCCACGAUGAGUUCAGCUACAUUCCCAGGAGAAAUUGUAGAGAAAAAUCCUUAUGAUUGUGAGCCGUCAACGAGUAAAGAUCCAGCACCUGUGAUUACUGAGAAGAAAGUAUCAAAAUUCCGGGCGUCACGACACAGAAAUUAA